CUCAUCCUGCCCGCUUGCACCCUGCGCCCUCUGUGCCCGUGGACACCAUGAGCGGCCGAGUUGGAGACCUGAGCCCCCAGCAGCAGGAGGCGCUGGCCAGGUUCCGGGAGAACGUCCAGGACCUGCUGCCCACCCUGCGCAAUCCUGAUGAUUACUUCCUCCUGCGCUGGCUCCGAGCUCGGAAGUUUGACCUGCAGAAAUCCGAGGACAUGCUCCGGAAGCACAUGGAGUUCCGGAAGCAACAGACCCUGGACAACAUCCUCACGUGGCAGCCCCCAGAGGUGAUCCAGCUGUACGACUCGGGUGGUCUGAGCGGCUAUGACUACGAAGGCUGCCCUGUGUGGUUUGACCUCGUCGGGAAGCUUGACCCCAAGGGUCUCCUCCUGUCAGCCUCCCCGCAGGAGCUGAUCCGCAAGCGCAUCAGGGUCUGCGAGCUGCUUGUGCAGCAGUGUGAGCUGCAGAGUCAGAAGCUGGGCAGGAACAUCGAGACGAUGGUGUUGGUGUUUGACCUGGAGGGGCUGAGCCUGAAACACCUGUGGAAGCCAGCUGUGGAGGUCUACCAGCAGUUUUUUGCCAUCCUGGAAGCAAAUUAUCCCGAGAGGCUGAAGAAUUUAAUUGGUAUCCGAGCCCCCAAGCUGUUCCCCGUGGCCUUCAACUUGGUCAAGUUGUUCAUGAGCGAGGAAACGAGAAAGAAGAUAGUGAUUCUAGGAGGCGACUGGAAGCAGGAGCUGCAAAAGUUUGUCAGCCCCGACCAGCUGCCCGUGGAGUUUGGGGGGACCAUGACCGACCCCGACGGCAACCCCAAGUGCUUGACCAAGAUCAACUACGGGGGCGAGGUGCCCGAGAGCUACUACCUGCGCAACCAGGUGAGGACGCAGUACGAGCACACAGCGACCGUGGGCCGCGACUCCUUCGUCCAGGUGAAGACUGAGAUCCUGUUCCCAGGCUGUGUUCUCAGGUGGCAGUUUGCAUCAGAGAGGGCAGACAUCGGCUUUGGGGUUUUUCUGAAGACCAAGAAGGCAGAGCAGAAGCGGGCCGGGGAGAUGACGGAGGUGCUGCCCACCCAGCGCUACAAUGCCCACCUGGUGCCCCAGGACGGGAGCCUCAGCUGUGACAAGCCCGGCGUCUACGUCCUGCACUUUGACAACACCCACAGCCUGAGGCACAGCAGGAAGGUCAGCUACACUGUGGAGGUGCUGCUCCCGGACAAGGCCUCUGAGGAGAAGAUUCAGGGUAUCGAGGCAACGAGACCCACCCCAGCGCAAUGAAGACCCCGGCCAUCUCUGUGCCUGUGCUCUCCAAUCCCUUAGCACCCCCACCCUGUCCCCUGCCCUCUAGCUGGUCCAGGCCAGUGGCCACCCGUAUCUCCAAAGACCUUGCCUCUGGAUCCCUGUCCCCGAGCUCCUUAGGGUUUGUCCUUCUGUACUGCUGUCCCACUGGGCAAAGGAGUGCUGUCUACCCAGGAGAUGUCCCCGAGAAUGAGUGCUCAGACAUCCCUGUAAAAGGGGUCCUCAUUGUGAAGUGUCAGCAUCCUGGCUGCCAAGGCCUUUCCCAGAGACUGGAAGCCUUAGCAAACACUAUCCAAGGGCCUUGCUGGCAAGGGGCCGGGCUCUGGCCCUUUCCACCUUCAGAUUCUGAUUUCAUUUUCUCCAAUUAAUAGGAGGUUUCUCAAUUUCCUAGGAUCUGUUUGGGGCAAGAAAAUGAUAAGGCUUGGGGGGUCUUCAGGUGAGCUAUGUGAGGUCCUUAGGGUCCCCAGCCCCUCCACCUGUGGCAGCUGCAUCAUUCAUGGUUUAGCACACAAUGUCUGAACUGGGGCUUUCCUGCUGUAAAAAGCAAACCAACUAAACAAAAGGAAAUGCCAAAAGCCAGUGCCAUGAGGUGCUCCUGGUCCAACGGUGUUUGAGUUGUUUGGCAAGGAAGAAAACUGCUG